AUCCAGGCGAGCAUCAUGCUGGUCGUCCAGAUCGUACUGCUGCACGUCGCACUCCACAACCGGCCGCCCGUCGGCGCGCAGUACAGCAUAAACAAGCCUUUCGCCGGCAUGGAAGAAGGCGACUCAUACGUCACGAGGCCGUUCAACUUCUGGCAAUGGCGCAGUCGCAAGCCGUAUUGGCAGUUCGUCCUCUAUUUCACGGGAGUGCUCGCGAUCCUGGAGGUGCUCAUCGGGUUCAACUUCGCCUAUGUAGGCUUUCAAGGUUACUUCGCUCUGGGGGUGGAAGCGAUCUUGCCAAUUCCGCAGGUCCUGGAGAACGAGAGGCGACGAUCGUGCAAAGGGUUCCGGUUGAGCGUGCUUGCCAAUUGGCUGGUCGGCGAUGUCUUCAAGAUGACGUACUUCUUCUUGUCGGAGGGUGAGGUGCCAUUGGCCUUCAAGGCGUGUGGUCUGAUACAAACCGUGUGCGAUUGCUACCUGGGCAUCCAGUACUGGCGGUUUGGGAGCGGCGAGAAAGGCCAGGAAGAGGAGAAGGACUCGAGGCUUGCGUGAAUGUCUGUGUAUAGAUCUCACCCGGAUGUUAUCCUAGACUGGUUACAGUUCAAUCCAGAUACAGUGUUGAGUCGAUUAUGCGCUACGUUGUAAGGUCGACGGUGGCUGCAUGUCCGGGAAAAGCUAUCCCAAGCGUCACAUGUUUGCAUGUACGGGUUCCACAGCCCCAAAUCACGAUGUUGCUGACACUGUAGGUUGCUGUUGACCUCAACACGGAGCCCUUGUCCUUGAAGGAAGGUGCGGCGCUUUACGGCGGUUACGUGCUGGUGGUCGACCU